CGAGUAGUAAUAUCUUAAAUUCCACUUCAUUCUUUUCCUUUGGGAUGGCACUUGCUAAAGACCGUAUCGGUUCAGUUCAAACUUGCGCCUACAAUGGAAAUUUGAUGGGCGAUCUUUCCUCUUUAGAUCCUUAUACAUUUGAUGGAAAACACAAAUUGGUUCCUGAAGAAGGAGAAAGCAAUAUCAAGAACUUAGCCAUGAGCCAUUCUUAUUCUUCUUCUCUUGGCAGUCCAAGUAGUGCUAAUUCUAAUGAAUUCCUGUUUCAUUCUGCAAGGCAUCAAGCUCAUGAAGGAGCUCAUUCGUUGAUCAAUUUUCGAGGCGGGUAUGAUGGUUUCUUACAUGGCAAUGGAUCUUUGCUUAGCUUUGAGCAAAACAAUAAGGUUUCCUCACAAACUAGUAGUGGUCUGAAAGAAGAUUACUCAACCUGGGAGGUGGAUUUCAACUGCAAUUACCAGUGGAAUCAAAUGAAUCCAAAGUCUAGUGCAGACCCUCGUUUGGUUGAGAAUAUUAAUUGCUUUCAUACAGCUAGUAAUUUCAAUUCCAUUGACAAUUCUGAAAAGGAAGAUCCUGGGGAUUGGCUAUACUCUGAAGGGACUAUAAUUACGGAUCACAGCAUUCAAGAACCUGGAACACAAGAUGCAAACUUCCAUAAGCGUCCACAUAUGGGAGAGAGUACGCAAGCUGUGAAGAAGCAGUGCAACAGUGCAACUAAGAAGCAAAAACCCAAGACGUCUCCAUCUAAAGAUCCACAGAGUAUUGCAGCCAAGAAUCGAAGAGAGCGGAUUAGCGAACGGCUGAAGAUAUUGCAGGAGCUUGUGCCAAAUGGCUCAAAGGUUGAUUUGGUUACCAUGUUAGAGAAAGCCAUUAGUUAUGUCAAGUUUCUUCAAUUGCAAGUAAAGGUUUUAGCUACGGAUGAAUUUUGGCCGGUUCAAGGUGGCAAAGUUCCUGAUGUUUCUCAAGUAAAGGAAGCCAUUGAUGCCAUUCUUUCAUCUCAGAAAGACAGGAACUCAAGUUCAAGCUCAAAGUAAUUCUUUUAGUAACAAUCUAAGAAGAUGAUAAUGAUGAUGAAGAAGAAGAAGAACACAAUAAUAUAAUGUGAAAACAACUUCUCAAAGCAAGGAGAAAAGGGCUUUGUUUUGGAAGUUAUCGAUAUUUGAUUAAGAAACAAAAUCUGAAUAGAUAAUUAUUUGUUUUGUUUUCAUCGAUCUGAAGAUCUUGUAAAACUAAUUUAUAUUUUCAUGAUGCAAUGAAAAUUCAGAAUGCAAAAUACUGUAA